GCAUAGCCAUGCAAUAUGCACACAAAACCAUAUCUUUGUUCUAGCUAAGCUAACACAACUCCUCCACAUACCCAAUUACUUAUUGAUCAUUGUUCUUUUAUAGUUUGAUCAAGAUGAAGGUUGCGGUGAUUGAGAGGGAUUGCAUCAAGCCUUCUUCUCCAACCCCAAACGACCUUCGCAAACAUGAGCUUUCAUUUCUCGAUCAAGUCGCCCCUCCCAUUUUCAUGCCCAUGCUCCUAUUCUACCCUGCUACUAAUUAUGGUCACUGUAAUGACGAAAACGCUUUGUCUGCUAGCCGGGUUAAGCAGUCCCUAUCCGAGACUUUGACGCAGUUCUAUCCGCUAGCCGGACGGAUCAUCGACAACGCCUUUGUCGACUGUAACGAUGAAGGUACUCCUUUCGUCGAAGCACGAGUCAACUGCCUACUUUCAGAUGUUGUAUCCCAACCGGACCCAAACCAACUCAACAAGCUACUCCCAUGUGAGUUGGAAUGUGUUGUCGACUUUGUUCUUGCAGUCCAAGCCAACAUCUUUGACUGUGGAGGCAUGGCUAUCGGAGUGUGCAUUUCGCACAAAAUCGCCGACGCCUUGUCACUAGUCAUGUUUCUCAACUCUUGGGCUUCCAUUUCCCGAGGGGAUAAUUGUGAUUACACAGCUCCCACUUUUGACUUGGCUACGUUCUUCCCGCCGAGAUCCAUAUCCGGGUUCAAACCAGGGACUGGAAUCGCAAGAGACAAAAUCGUUACUAAACGAUUCGUCUUCAGCGCCUCAACCGUCGCUUCUCUCCGAACAAAAUACACGACAUCUGCAACUGACAGACGCCCUACUCGUAUCGAGGCCCUGUCAGCUUUUGUAUGGAGCCGUUUCUUGGCUUCCACGCAAGGAAAGCCCAACUCGGACACAGUUUACAAAGUUCUCCACGCAGUCAACCUACGAACCAGAAUGGACCCGGCGCUUCCGGAGAGUCAUUUCGGAAACGUGAGCCGGUUCGCGACUGCGACGACGUCUUUUGAGGAGGGCGAGGAGGAGUGUUAUGGGUUUGUGGGACAAAUGAGAGAUGCCAUAAAGACCGUCAACGGGGAGUACAUGAGGAAGAUUCUAGAAGGCACCGCGCAUGUGAAUUAUUUGAAGCAGCGAGCGGAGGAGUUUCUGAAAGGUGAAGUGGUGUCAUUUAGCUUCACCAGUCUCUGUAGGUUUCCAUUGUAUGAGACUGACUUCGGGUGGGGGAAGCCGAUAUGGGUCGGCUCUGCUAGCCUCACGUUCAAGAAUCUGGUUUGUUUCAUGGAUUCUGGGUCCGGUGGUGGGAUCGAAGCGUGGGUUAAUUUGAAGAAAGAAGACAUGGCUAAGUUCCAAGAGGAUGAGCAGUUACGCGCACUCACUUAUCCAGCCAGAGAUGCUAAAGUUUAGUGCUGGCUGGUCCACUCUGAUAAUGGAUGUUGUGCUUAGAUUUUACUUUUCUUGAAUUGAAUUAAUUGUUUUUUAGUUGGGAUUGAAUAAAUUUGUUUAUCAACAGAAGGAAAAAGUAAAAAUGUAACUUAAGAAAAGGGGUAGGAUCAAGUCAAAAAAGGCUAUGUAUUCUGUUUGUGUACUGCAUAUAAUUCCCCAAUUAAGCAUUUUAAGGGUCAUUUACCUA